UGUUUACACGUCACCCACAAUCUGAUCAAUUCUCAUGCUAUCAACUCUUCAGAGAGGAAACAUCUGGUUGACAUCUGAAGGGUUUUUCUAGAGAAAGGGGGCACAAACUUUCUAAUAAAUGGACUGUGGCUGUUCUGAAAUAAUUCAGCAUUACUUGUUCAUUCAGCUUGCAGAGUGUUGAGGAGCAACUUGCCUCUGAUUUAGGGAUGAACCUUGUUUGAACUUGGCUGCACACUCAUUGUAACCCUCAAGCUUUGGACUGUACUAUAUACAGUGUAUUCUCUCUGACCCUCAUUUGGCCAUCAGCAUCUAUGUACAACAGUGGAUACUCCCAGGUCUCCAAGUACAGCAUGCAGGGCGGAAAGAAGAUGCCAUACCGCUCAAAGGGCAAGAGCUGUGGAUACUACAUGCGCAUUGUCUUCUUCUUCUCUUCGCUCAUUCAGUCUCUUAUCAUAGUUAGCUUGGUCCUCUUUCUGAUCUACGGUAAACAGCAGGACUCUGCAUCCACGUCACGUGUCCAUGACCUGGAGGAGAGCUUCAGCCGACUUUCCUUAGAGAGUGUCAGCCUGAAGCUGCAGAGGAAGAAUCUGACCACCCUACUCAACUCUACUCUGAUUGAAAAGGCCCGUAACGACUGGGACCUGGGCAGGUGCCGCUUCAUGUCCAACAUCUCCAUAGUCAUUAUCCAAGAUUUGGAAAAGAAGAAUAAAUUGUGCGAUCAGGAGUUGACUACAUGCAAGUACUCAAUAAAUCCAAUUGGCCCCUGCCCUAGAAUGCCAGUUCCAGGUAAUUGUGGGCUGUCGUUUGAGCAGAUGAAAGCCAGGCUUGAGUUAGUGGAGUCCAACUUCACACAAACAGUACAGAAGAUGAGAAUGGACAUGGACCAGAUUGUCAAACACAGGGACAACCUUCACUUGGAGGUCAUUCAGCUGAGGAGGGACAAAUCCACACAUGACAAGACAGUGGAGAUAUUUAGACAUAAAUGUAAAGAUGACUUUGCCGACUCCUUGAGUAGUAUCUCCAAUGUCACCAAGGCUUUUCUAUACAAGAUCGAUACCCUCUUCCCGUCACACAUCGCCUUCCAGCUCACCUGUCCUAAACAGAGGGAACACCUGGAGCAGAUUCGCACCAAUUGCACCAGCCUGUCCAGAGAGGUGGAGGACAAGUUCCAGAAUUACCUGAACAGUGUUGGAGAACAGGUGUCAAUCAUCCAAGCUGAAAAUAGCCACUUGAAGGCAGAGAACGGGCGACUGUCUGACGACUACCGUAGGUGCAGCCAGAACCGCACGGACAUGCAGCGACAGCACAAACAGAUUGUGGACACCAAUCAGCGGAAACAUGACGAGGAAAAGGAGAAACUUCUGUUGGACAAGCUUAGGCUAAAUGGAGAGAUAGGUGUCCUGAAUAACAAAGUCAACUAUAAAACUAAAGAGGCUGAGCAUCUUUCAGCACAACUCAAGCAGCUCAACAUGUCCUGCAUGCACAGGGCAACGUUUCCAGGAAGCCCGACUUCUCGGUUAAACACACUUCAGACUGGGUGGAACACGUAUGGUGGUGGAUCCAGCUCCUCCUCGUCCAGCUCUACUGGUGUGGGUCAGAAUACUAGGACAGGGUCAGGUUUGAGCUCAUCUGGGUCAACAUACAAUAGGCCAGUAGCAACAGGGGCAGGUUCUUCAAGCUCAUCCGGCUCAUCAUACGGGUCAAGUAGCUCCACUGGGUCAACGUACAAUAAGGUAGCAACUGGGGCAGGUUCUUCAGGCUCAUCCAGCACAUCAUAUGGUUCAACAUACAACAAGCCAGUAUCAUCUGGGGGCUAUGGAUCAGUAGGGUCAAAUCCAAGUCUUAGCUCAAGUGGGACAGGAUUAAAUAAGCCAGUACAGACUGGGAGGGGCUCAAUAGCCACUGGGUCAACUUCUGGGUCAACUGGGUCAAUCCCAAACUAUAGCUCAGGCGGGACAGGGUUAAAUAAGCCAACGACUAAUGUGAAACCCCCCUCUAGCACUGGGUCAACUGGAUCGCCAAGUAAAAGCGGCUUUGGAUUUAGUUGGUUUGGGAACAGUAACUCAGGACAAAGUAAGACGGGCACUGGACCAGGGAGAGGAGCAUCAAGUGGGAGCAACUUUGGUGGAACUGGACUGUCAGCUGGUGCCGGAAAGACAAGUGGGCAAGGAGGUGGGCCAGCCAGUGUUGCUCAGCACCUUCAAGAUCUGCAACGCCUCAUCAACCCCACCAAACCAGAGGAGAAACAAGAUCUCUCCAGGCUGUUGGGUUAAUUCAUCUUUAUGAGAAAAAACAAAAACAGAUUUAUCUUCCAAUGCAUCUAUUAUGCACAACUAAAUUCAAGUUCACAUAUUGUAUAUCAAUAUAAAUGUACCAUAUAUCAUAUACUGUGACAGUUUAUACUUCAAUAUGCAUUUAGAAAAGCAAUUUGAGUAACCAUUGCACUUUUGAUUGUAAAAUGUGAAGUUUGUGUGUUAAUGUUUUGGAUCUACGCAGUAUGCAACUUAGCAUGAUUGAGCACAUAUUGUUUUGUACAGAAAAAUAAAAGCUUUGUUUAAAAGUA